UUGUCAAUGUCAUGUGGUGGUGAACACAGUACUUUAUAUCUGUGCUCUUUAUAUAUAAUGAAUUUGAAAGCAAACAAAUUGUUUUGUUAAGUUAUAAAGCUUUUAAAUCAGUUCGAAACCAUAUAAUCAAUACUGAAUAUAUUUUUGUUGGAUAAAGUUAUAAUAACGGAACUUGUUGUUAGCUAAAUAUUCUAGCUAUUUUUCAACCUUUAGACUUUUCAAACACUAGGUACAAUACUGUUAAUUACAUCAAUAUUAAUAAUUGUGUGUUACGAUGGAAGAAAAACACCGAAGAGCAAUACAAAACAAUUUUGUUCCCCUGGUUGAACAAACAGAUCUCGAUCAUAUGGUAACAGCUCUAUACGAAAAAGGUGUAUUUUCGGAGCAAAUGAUUGAACCCUAUAAGGAUACCAGUAAGCAUCCUAGAGUUCGCAAGCGCGAGCUGUACAUGGACAUAACGAGACGUGGCCCAGAAGCCUUCGGACACUUACUUGAUGUUCUCUCUGAUGCUGGCUAUUGGGACCUUGUGCGAGAACUUGACCCGAAUAGCUCCUUACAUACAAGGAGAACAAAAGUAUCAGUACCAAGUACUAAUGUGCCAAAUGAUAACAAUUAUGUUAGUAUAAGCACUGAGAAGAAAAAAACAAAAACAAGGCCUGAUGAUAAUAAAAAUACAAUUUCAGAUGAAGCGCCAAUUAUUAACACAGAGGCAAAUUAUUUAAGUACAGAUCCUUAUUAUCAUGUGGUUCAAAAGUCCACAAAAUUCUUUGAAGAUGGCGAUGAUAUAAAGUUGUAUCGCACCCGCGGUCGAAGUCGCGGUAUUCUUGUUGUAUUGAGCUAUAUUGAGUUUGCAUUCAAUAUAGAGGAGUAUCGGAAAGGUGUGGAUGUGGAUUGUCAGAAACUCAAGUAUCUGUUCCCCGAGAUGGGCUUCAAAGUGCUCUCCUACAACAAUCUCACUUUGGAUGAAACGCUGAAAACGCUGAAGUACCUGAAGGAAGUGAUAGUGAACGUGGAGUGCGUGUUCAUCGUGGUGUCGUCGCACGGCUACGAGCGCCCGGCCACCUCCGACACGGACAUCCGCUGCUCGGACGGCUGCCUCAUCUCCAGCCACGAGAUCAUCGAGCACUUUAGCAAUAAGAACUUCCCGGCGCUGCACGGGAUACCCAAGGUGUUCAUCUUCCAGCUGUGCCGUGGCUCCAAUAAAGACUACAUAGAGGGUCCCAUUCACUUCACUAAUCCCGAAGACGAUGGCGAGCGCGGAGCGGAGCGGGACGGACGCGUGAUUGGGUCGGAGCGAAGCGAGGCGAACGCGGAGCGAAGCGAAGCGGGCGCGGGGCGGGGCGCCGUGAGCGACGCGCGCGCUCUCGCCGCCGCUCCACCCCGCUCGCCCGGCACCGAGCGGGACAGACUGUACUCGGAUAUACUUAUUGCGCAUUCCACAUUGCCUGGCACGGUGUCGUACCGCGACCCGGCGGCGGGCUCGUGGUACAUCCAGGCGCUGUGCGAGGUGUUCGCUGCGCGCGCGCACGACUGCCACGUGGAGAAGCUGUUCAAGCUGGUGGACAAGCGACUGCACGCGCGCUUCCGCGUGCAGACCAGCUCCGUCGACAACUGGGGCUUCAACCGCCGCCUCUACCUGCACCCCGGCCUCUACGAGGACUCCUCGUGAUAUCAUAUGGACCGCGGAAGUUACUGAUAGAUUUUAUGAUGAAAUGACAUGGUGCUAAGUGGUCCUUUUUGGAUAGUUAUAUGUUUUAUGAUGUACGAUCGGAAAUAUCAAUGAUCUUCAAAUGUAUUUAUAUUUAUCGUGUGAAUCUUAGUAGUUAAGAAUAGGUUUAUAGAUUUAAAUUGUACCGUUUAGUAUUUUCGAUCCAACUGAAUCUUUGUUUUACAAUUUGUUUUAUGCGGGUCGCUACUUGUGCACUUUUUAUUAUUUUUUAACUUGUAUUAUGUUCUAAGAAAUGUACUCAAUCAUGAACGUAUUAUAACUUUUAAGUAAUAUUAAGGUAUUUUAAGUAUACAAUUGUAUGUAUAUAACCUUUACUACCUAUGUAAUAUAAAACAAAAAAUCACAUAUGUAUAACUUUUAUAACACAUGUGAUAACGCUUUUCAAGGUGAUUAUGCAUUUAAAUAUACAAUGUAAGUUAUCUAGACAAUUUCAAACUUAACUUAUUGCUCAAUGUUUGUAAACGAUUUUUGACAAGUACUUUAUUUUUGUAAUAAAUCUAUCAAUUUAAUUAAAUAUUUUAUU